UCCGGCUCCAAGCCUCCUUAGGUAAGAAGUGGUUGUAACAGUUUGUCAGAGAUGGCAAUUUCAAGGAUACCAACCGCAGCGUUAACGUUAAAACAGUUUUUACAGAGACAGAAGAUUCUGGGGAUUUACAGAAACAUGCUGAGGACCAUCCGGCAGGUUCCAGACGAGGCGGACCGGAAGUACCUCAGAGACUGGGCCAGAGAGGAGUUCAAGAGGAAUAAGAACGCUACGAACCCUGAUGCCAUCCGCAUGAUGAUCACACAAGCUAACAACCAUCUGGAGGAGCUGCAGAAGUCUUUAGCACUGGCCAGGAGUUAGUCCUGUUUGGUGAUGUGAACUAAAGACUUAUCUGGAUGUGCUCUCAGUGAGGACUAUCAUUGAUAGAGGCUGGAGGGAUCAGCAGAAACUCAUCUUGCCUGGAUGCCUUCUAAAGGUUGGAUUUAUGAAACUGUCUGGAAGGCAUCGCUCUGUAAAACCAUCCAUGCUGCUGCUUGUCUUUCUUGCAAAUUCCACCUAGUCCAUGUCUGCAGCAUUGUGUUCAUGCUGCAGUUUUUCUCUGACUGAUUGCACGCAUGGCCAGUGUUACCUUUCCUGCCUGUUCUGACUUAAUGCUGACAUAGUGAUGAGAUAAAUGAUCAAGGGUUGCAUUGAUCUGCUCCGUGCCUACAUGUGUGCUGGAAGCAUUGAAAAUAAACAGACCGGGGUGCAUGCUGUGGGGGGGAUUACAAAAACUGACUAGACCGAGAGCAGUUUGCUCCAGAAUACACAACAGGACACUGCACAGAUGCACUAUGUGAAAUUUGCAGAUUAUUCUGAUGAAUUAAUGAACCUUUUGAUUGUGUUGUAUUUUUGUGUCUUAUGUAUUAAACAAGAACUCAUGAAGUCAGA